AUGUCAAAACCAAGUGAUCAGAUACCAGAACACAUUUGGGAGGAUGCAUGGAAGGAUUUACAACUUAAUAAGAUCUAUGAAGAUUUUUUUUCAAAAAGUGAAAAAUAUGAACCUCAUAAUGAUUGUAAUUUAUUCAAUGCUGGAUAUAAAAAUCACGAAGGCGCCAAAGACAUUUGUAAUAAGUUCGUGCAUUUUUUGAAAAAAAUAUAUGAAAACACUGAUGAAAAAAAGAGUAAAGAUUAUUGCAAUUAUUUACCAUAUUGGUUAUAUGAUGAAAUAAAGGGAAAAUAUAAAUCCAAUGAUAAUAUUCGUAGUAUACCUUUCGUUAAUGAUCUUAUUAAUGUACAAUCCAAGGUUAACGUGAAUAUUAUUCCUAAAAAAAGAUGUUUUUUAGAAUAUGAAAAUGGUGUUAAUUUGGGGGAAAUUCAAAAAAGGAAAAUAUUUUAUGCAUAUUUCAGAGAAUAUGAAAACGUUAAGAGUAUUAUUAAUAAAAAUAAAAAAGACGAAUGCAGUAAGUAUAAUAAAUAUAUUAAUAGCAUUAAUUUAUUGUAUAAAGUGUAUAAAGAGAAGUAUUGUAAAGGAAUUUGGCUUUGGGUAGGCCCCCCGAAGUACAUCGAUUGUGAUUCUAAAUAUGACCCCAAUAAUCUCAUAUCUAUAUUAAAAGAUUGUGAAAAUAAAGAAGCUAAAAGGGGUGGAAAUUCAGGAUUUUUCUCACUUAUUUCAGGGUUGCUCAGUCCAUCGCCUAAAUCAUCUAAAACUAAUAGUGUUACAUCAGUUAAAGGGCCCACCAGAGCUGUUACUCCAGAAACUAAAACACUCGCAUCUGAAAAAGGCGUAACUGAUAAAGGAACCCCCAAUGGUAAGCAUUUACCGGCUGCACCUUCAUCAAAGGAUAAUGGAGUAACAGAAACUUCAAAAGGUUUAGUAGUUUCAAGGGAUUCAUCAGGUUCAGCAAGUAGAGGAGAUGCAGCAGGAAUGCAUAAUGAGGUGCUACAUCAAGCGCCAGUCUCUUUGCAGCCUGUAGGAAGUUCGACUCACCCAAAAGAAGAUAUGAAGAGCGGUGUUGCUCAUGGAAGGCGAUACAGGACAUGGGAUCAUGGAUGGUUUUUCUUUUACUUUAGAAAGUGUAUCUGA